GACCCGACCCUCCGGUUCUGCCUCCCUCGGAACGGAAGGCACAGACCGGAGGCGAGCGGGAGGGGAGGAGAAGCGACAAGGCGCCACCUCUCCCCACCCCUUGUCGUGUGGGAACGCCACGCCGCGACGGGAGAGAGGGGAAGCCCAGCCAGCGCACGCAACGGGCAAUCGCACGCGCGCGCGCGCGUCGCCGUACGGCGGCGGCUCGACCGCUUGCUGCCUCGCCAAUCAUCACCGGCGUCAGGCAGACGGACAGGCAGAGCGGGAGGGAGAAGCUGACGCGGCUGUAAAUCCACCCGCCUCCACCUCCUGAGCGUCGUCAUCCACCUCCUCCCGCGUGCCACCGAAAGCCAAGCCAUGACCAUGGCUCGCGUGGCCGCCGCCGGCCGCUAGAGACUUCCUCCGUGGCGCCGCCGCUUCGUCCCCUUCCCUCGAUCCGCCUGCAGCCGCUGGCGGCGAGCGGCGCCCACCCGGGGCGGUACGCGGACGCGAUCCCCGCCGCAGCGGCGGCGGCCGGCGCGGAGGCCAUGGAGAUCUACGGCCGCCAGCGCCACCAGAUGGCGGCGGCCGGGGUGUGGGGGGACCCGUUCCGGCCCGACGGCGACGCGCUGGCCGCCGCCGCUCCGGUGACCGCGGCGGCGGCGCCGGUGGACGUCGACGUCGAAGCAGAGGUCAAGUUCGGCACCCGCCUGGCGCAGGACGACGUCGUCCCGGUGGAGGAAGCGCCGCCGUCGUCGGAUAGCUUCGGGCACGGUGACGCCAGGCCUAGAGACAAGAUUCAGAGGCGGCUGGCGCAGAACAGGGAGGCUGCUCGGAAGAGCCGGCUACGGAAGAAGGCCUACAUCCAGAAUCUCGAGACGAGCCGGAUGAAGCUGGCGCAGCUGGAGCAGGAGCUCAUCAUGGCCAGGCGCCAGCAGGUAAGGCCACCUCGAGCUCCCAGCGAUUCAGGAGAGCAGGCAAAGCGUACUGAUCGGCAAUGGAGUAAAGAUUCAGGUGAGAUGGCCCGACCGCGGCUGCCAUUGCUGAUGAGCUCCGAUCCGCCGCUGCAGGGCGCGCACGCCGCCGGCGGGGUACUAGCGCCGCCCGUGGUGGACCCGCGCGUGUCGGCGUUCGAGAUGGAGUACGCGCGGUGGGUGGAGGACCAGGAGAAGCAGGCCGCCGAGCUGCUGGCGGCGCUGCAGCCGGGCGCGCCGGAGUUCCAGCUGCGCUUCCUCGUCGACGCCGCGCUGGCGCACUACGGCGCGCUGUUCGAGGCCAGGGCGCGGGCGGCCCGCGCCGACGCCUUCUUCGUGCUCUCCGGCGUGUGGCGCGCCCCCGCCGAGCGCUUCUUCCUCUGGAUCGGCGGGUUCCGCCCCUCCGAGCUGCUCAAGGUCCUGGCGCCGCGGCUGGACCCGCUGGCGGAGCAACAGGCCUCGGCGGUGCGCGCGCUGCAGAACACGGCGCGGCAGCUGGAGGACGCGCUGUCGCAGGGCAUGAGCAAGCUGCAGCAGACGCUCGUCGAAGCCCUCAUGACCGUCGACGCGCCGGACGAUGCCGCCGGUGCCGGCGGAGGAGGGCACGCCGCGCGGCAGAUGACCAGCGCCGUGGGCAAGCUCGACGACCUCGUCAGCUUCGUGGACCAGGCGGACCACCUCCGGCAGCAGACGCUGCGGAACAUGAGCAAGAUCCUGACGGUGCCGCAGGCGGCGCGGGGGCUCCUGGCGCUCGCCGACUACUCCCAGCGGCUGCGCGCGCUCAGCUCGCUCUGGGCGGCGCGCCCGCGGGAGCCGGCGUAACGCCCGGCGAGCGGCGAGUGGCUCAACGGGGAAGAGGAAGCGGCGUUGGCAAGGGCACGUGCGCGCGUGGUUGGCUUGGCUGGCGACCGGACCGGCCGGCGGAGGAAGAGGACAAGACGGGCGGCGUCAAGUGGCUCGGCUCGUCCAGCUCGGCAUCUGGUACGGGCAAGGCAAGCGAUGUGUUUGCUCUGAAGGGUUCGAAAAAAAUGUGUUUGCCCCGAAUGAAAUCUGAAUCUUCUGAUGGUUACAGUACAGCAGUAGGAUUUGGUCGGCAGAUCAAGGAAUUUACAAGUGUACAUAGUGUAUACAUCCAUGUUUGGAACUUUGGCUAUUAGCCACAGAGUAUUUCUUAUUCGGUUGCUGUUUGUCUCUCUCAACUUGUAACUAGUGUCAUUUGUACGGAGGUCAUGUGAAAAUAUUGAUGAACAAUCUAAUCUUAGGCUCUUAGUAGAUGAUAACUGAAAUUUUGA